CUUUGAACAGAACAGAAUUGACAUUUGGGCUGAAGGUACUCUUUUUCUGGUGGAAAAUAUAUUAAACAUUUUGUUUAUAAACAAUAACAAAGAUAAAUAAAUUCGUAGAUUUUAUUUGUAAAAUUUCCUGCUUCAGACAAGCUUGAAAAAGAUGUUGUAUUUAGAGGAUUAUUUGGAAAUGAUUGAGCAUUUGCCUCAGGAGCUGCGAGAUCGUUUUACCGAAAUGAGAGAACUGGAUUUAACCGUGCAAAAUAACAUGGAUUCCCUGGAGAAGAAAACCCGCGCCUUCUUUAUGCAAUGCAAACGUGGUGAGCUGCAAGAUGAAGCUGCCGACAGUGAGUACCAGAAUCUGCGAAAGGAGUACUAUAAAGUCCUGGAGGAUGCCGAUGAGAAAGUCACCAUAGCUACACAAAUCCAUGAACUGGUUGAAAGGUAUCUGCGACGCUUGGACAGUGAACUGUUCAAGUUUAAAUGUGAACUUGAGGCUGACAAUAAUGGUAUCACAGAGAUUUUGGAAAAACGUUCCUUAGAAAUGGAUGGCGGCAGUAGUGCUGCCACAGCACUGCUCAGUGUUACAGGUCUAAAUCAAAAAGAGAACAGAUACUAUGGCGGUUUGGGGGCCGCUGUUGCUCCAUCUAGCAGCAGUAGCCACAAUGCAGUUAUGGGCGGUGCCGGCUUGGGCAUGGGUGGCAUAACGGUGCCAGCAACACCCACAGGAGCAACAAAGGAUAAUCGUUAUCGUACACCAAAGCCCGAAAAGCGACGUGACUCCACAUCAACUCUACAGAAUGCCGUUCCGGAAAAGAGAGCUAAUUUGGGUAAUAGCCUCACACCUGCUGGAACACCUCCCGUUGCUGUGGUCAGACCUAUAACUCCGAGUAUUGGUGCAGUGCUUAAUGCUGCAGCUGGAUCAGUGGGAACACCUUCUCCGGUCACAUAUAAUCUCCAGCAGAUUGGUGGUUCAGCUACAACGGCAAUAGCUGCGGCUGCUACACAAGCUAUUGUGGCAACACAGCAAAUGCAGCAAGGGCGUAGAUCGGCCAGCAUGAAAGCCAGUUAUGAGGCCAUACAUGGUGCCGGUGGUGGUCCUACAGAGUUUUGGAUUAGCCGCGACAUUUCAAAUCCCACUGCUACUGCCUCCGCUCUAGGGCUGGCCAGUAACUCAACUGAAAAGUCAAAGAAGAAAUAUACGUCGAAGAAAUUAAAUUCAAACUUAUCGCACAACAUAAGCACUCCAAAUACAACAACAGCAGCCAGUGCUGGGGCCCUUAGUUUGGCUUCAUCCUCUUCAUCUCUUAGUGUAGAUUCUGUGGAUAUGUUGGCAGCAUCGGCGCCCACAAAUUUAAAUGUUCCAUCACUGAUACCUGCAGGACAACAUGUUACUGCCUCAUCCAGCAAUUCAUUGGCUGCUGCAUCAAGUUCAUCAGCAGCUGGCAGCAGUCGACAAGCACUUAGUUCGACGUCAUCAACUGCCUCUGCUUCCACUUCAUCGUCCACAUCAACAGCCCUUACUCCGGGCUCUAAUAUUACUCUCAAUGAAAAUGGCAUGGUUGUGGAACAAACACCAGACGGCGAAUGGUCCUACGAUCCAAAUGAACCACGUUAUUGUACAUGUAAUCAAGUGUCAUAUGGCGAUAUGGUGGCCUGUGACAAUGAUGCAUGUCCCUAUGAAUGGUUUCAUUAUCCUUGUGUUGGUAUAACACAACCACCCAAGGGCAAAUGGUAUUGUCCCAAGUGUACGGCAUCAAUGCGUAGGCGGGGUAAUCGUAAAAACUAAAGAGAUGUGGAAAGUAUUUGGAUGUAUACAGCUUUGCAGUGUUGCUGGCUAGCGUUUCCUGGUAUUUAAUUAUGUGUUUGAAAUUAUGAAAAAUCCAGGAGUUCUAAUGAAUGAAUAAAAUGAAUUCACACUGAAA